AUGGCGAUUGACAAGACUUGGACGACAUUGAGAAAUCGUGCUUGUCGAGAAUAUUGGAACGGUCUACAAGCUUUCUUGACGAUGGCGUCGGAAUAUAAGGAUUCCUCUGGUAGAAUUAGGUGUCCGUGUGUUAGAUGCAUAAACAAUAGGCUUGAAACUUUACCUAUGGUGAAAGCACACGUAUUCGAUUGGGGUUUUCAUCAAGGUUACGAGAAGUGGAUAUAUCACGGUGAAGCAGAAGCAGAUGUUGCCAAUGUGGUGGACACCAACGAUGAUGAUGUUGAUGAGAUGAUUCCGAUGGUCGAAGACUUCCUUCUACCUACAACCGAAGAAGUUGAAAAUAAUCCUGCGGCGGGACAAUUUUAUGACGAUCUGUUUGACGAGAUAGAGGUUGAGUUAUAUCCUGGUUGUAAUUGGAUAUCUUCUCUUAACUUUUUAGCAAAAUUAUUGCAUUUGAAAGUUAGAGGCAAGAUUCCGAAUAAAAUCUUCGAUGAAUUACUGAAAUUACUAAAGCUUGCAUUUCCGAAGGGAAAUAAAAUUCCAUCAACCUACUACGAGGCUAAAAAAAGAUUACAGAAAUUAGGGUUAGGGUACGAGUCAAUUCAUGUAUGUGAACAUGACUGUUGUUUGUUUUACAAAGAGCAUUCAACUAAAGAGACUUGUCCAAUUUGCGGAAGUAGUAGAUGGAUUUCUCCUGAAAAAACGGAUGGAAAAAAGGUACCACAUAAGGUGAUGCGUUACUUUCCAUUGACUCCGCGAUUAAAAAGACUGUACAGUUCAAGACUUACAGCGAAGCAAAUGUUAUGGCACUAUACUGGGAAAUCAAAAGACGAUGGGAUAAUGAGACACCCAGUGGAUGGGUUAGCGUGGAAGGAUUUCGAUGCCAAACAUCCUGAUUUUGCUAGUGAACCUCGGAAUGUUCGUUUAGGUUUAGCUGCAGAUGGUUUCAAUCAGUUUGGCAACAUGAGUCAAGCAUAUAGUAUGUGGCAUGUGGUGUUGGCUAACUACAAUCUUCCACCUUGGAUGUGUAUGAAAGAUAAUAAUUUCAUAUUAUCCAUUCUUAUUCCUGGACCAAAAUCACCGGGAAAGGACAUGGAUAUAUUCUUGAGACCAUUGGUGGAUGAGUUAAAGGAGUUGUGGGUUAAUGGUGUCGAUACAAGAGAUAGUAUAACCAACACUAUGUUCAAGUUGCGUGCAACCUUAUUGUGGACAGUUAACGAUUUUCCUGCUCGUAGCUAUUUAUCUGGAUGGAGUGGUCAAGGAUACAAAGCUUGUCCGACGUGUAAUGUAGACACAACUUCUGUUCGAGUAAUCGGUAAGACAUCCUACAUUGGUCACAGAAGAUUCCUUCCAAGUAACCAUCGAAUGAGAAGAGACACUCAGUUUGACGGAAAAAUCGAGAGAAGACGUCCACCAAGACGUUUUACUUGUGACGAAAUAUUAGAACAAGUAAACAAACUUGUACCACAAGUUCCUGGAAAACACGAGAUGUUUGGAGGUGUCAAACGUAGGCGUAUUGCAGAAGAUCAAAAUUGGAGGAAGAAAAGCAUAUUUUAUGAGCUUGAUUAUUGGUUUUCGAACACUUUAAAACAGAACAUUGAUGUCAUGCAUGUGGAGAAGAAUGUGUGUGAUAGUUUGUUAGGCACUAUCUUGGAUAAUGAUAAAUCCAAAGACACCACUAAUGCAAGACAUGAUUUGAAAAAGUUUGGAGUAAGGGAAUCGUUGUGGAUAUAUGAAGAUGACAGCGGAAAGUUAAUGAAGCCUCAUGCCCCUUAUGUUCUCACAUCUGAUCAAAGAAUGCAGUUUUGUAAAUUUAUUCGAGAUGUGAAAUUUCCAGAUAAUUUUUGUUCCAAUUUAAAGAAGAAAGUAAAUGCUGAUUUAACAAAUAUCAGCAGUUUAAAGUCCCACGACAGUCAUGUAAUAAUGCAACGAUUACUAUCAGUGGGUGUUCGCAAGUUUCUUUCAAAGAGUGUUGAAACAAGAUUUAAUCGUCUUGAUCGCAAUGAAGAUGAGGUGACACCAAGAAAUAUUUUUGUAUUUCAAUCGCAAUGUCGACCUAUAACAAAAGAAACUCUAAAGCCUCUUGAUCGUGUGACUCGUGAACAAGCAGAGUGUGAACACUUAGAAGAAAUCAAACACAAAUAUCAGGAUGGAGAUCAUAACAUUUUGCAUAAGAAAUAUUUUCAGCGAUGGUUUCACAAGAAGAUAUACGACUUACAAAAGCUUGGAUCGUUAGAUAAUGGUGACGAGUUGCUAGCUUUAGCAUCUGGAUCAGAUCAUUUAGGAGCUUAUUACGAAGGUUGUAUAGUGAAUGGUGUUCGAUUUAUGUCAACCAAACGAGAUUUAAAGAGGAGCACUCAAAACAGUGGAGUAUUUGUUGCUGGAACAGAAGAUUUUAACUAUUAUGGAAUACUUGAAGAAGUAUUAAAGUUAACAUUUACUGGCACAUAUUCUUUGACAUUGUUCAAGUGUAAGUGGUUUAAUACAGAUCCAAGAAGGAAGAAAAUUAUUAUAGAGAAUAAUAUUACUAGUAUAAACACUAACGGGGAAUGGUACAAGGAUGACCCAUAUAUACUUGCAAAUCAAGAGAAGCAAGUAUUUUAUCUCGAUGAUUUACUUAGAGGAAAUCAGUGGAAAGUUGUUGAGGGUGUAAACCAUCGACAAAUUUGGGACGUCGAGAACUGUGAAGCUAAUUCAGACAUUGAUGUGGUACAUGAUAUUAGCUCAUCAAAUUUUGUGUUGACUGUGGAUCUCGGCGAGUUGGUUAUGCUACCUACUCAAAAUUUGAUUGACAUUAGUACAGUACAAAAUUUAAAUGUUAGUCAAGAGGAUCACGAGUUAGGCGAUGAAGAAGCAGAUGAAGAAUUAGAUGAAGAAGAUGAUUUAUUAAUUGAUUUUUGUGAAGAUGAUGUUAAUGCUAAUUUAGUUAAUGAUGGAAGCGAUAGUGAUUAUUAG